AUGACUAAAAUAAAAAUAGCUGACCUUACUGUUAGCACAAUAGAAAACAAUAGAAAUAAGAAAGUAAAAGUAGGUAGCAAAUUAAGAUUAAUUAUUCCUCUUAAAGAAAUGUCGAACAAAAAAUUCAAGUCUACAGAAAUUCUUGAGAAUUAUAAAAAGUAUACUAACGAAAAUGAAAAAUUUAUAAGAUUUAGUAACCACAGGGGGAAACCAGCUAUAGAAAUUAAGAACAUUAAGGUCGAUGAUUAUUUCGUUUUUUAUGCUCAAGAAGACAAAACCAAAGGACUUCACACUACCAACCAACUAACCCAACUUUUAAAAGAUGCCAACAAAUUAUUCAUCAAAGAUGGACACGGCAAAGUAACUAGUCAAGAAGCCUUCGAAUUCCUUCAAUCCAUCAUUGAAUCAAAAGAAAUCAAAUCUCAAGUUAAAUUUAAUCAAGGCGAUGAAAUUACUUUGGGAGAAUGA